CUCCAUUUAGUACUGCAAAUGAUUGUUUACUUCCGCUUAGCCAUCUUUGUUGUACCCAUAGGUUGUACUGUUUUAUCCUGUGGCCGUAAUAUGCAGCAGCGAGAGGAGAAGCAGUUGGACGCGUCCGUCGAGUCUCUGGUUACUCGCGUGGCUCAUCUGAAAGGUUCCCUGCAGAGUUUCAUUUAUAAACUGGAGAACGAAUAUGACAGAUUGACAUGGCCCUCCGUUCUGGAUAAUUUUGCACUUCUGUCUGGGCAAUUAAACACCAUCAACAAACUGCUAAGAAAUGAGAAGACCCCAUCAUACAAGUCACUGGUCAUCAUCCCACUGCUGUUGUCUCCUGAUCGAGAUGAAGAGUUGGCUAAACUGACAGAGCAGCGAGUUCCUGUGUUCAGCCAUGAGAUUGUGCCAGACCAUCUGAGGACCAAACCUGACCCAGAGGUUGAAGAACAGGAGAAACAACUGAGUGCAGAAGCGGCCAGGAUCGGACCAGAGGCAGCACAGAAACAGAUUCAAACAUUGAAUAAACUUUGCUCGAAUCUUUUGGAAAAGCUGAACAACCCUCGUGAUGACAGAGACUCUGAAACUUCAGCAUUACGACAAAACAAGCCGUCCUUCAAUCUAGCGGAUACGAAUGCACUGGUUGCGGCCGUGGGAUUCGGAAAGAAUCUGUCCAAGUGCAGACCACCGGGCUCGGUUGCCCCUGGUCACACUGGACAGGCGAUGACGUCAGCAGGUCCCACGAUGCAGCAGGUCACUAUAGCUGGAGCCGCGGGCCAUCAGCCAGGCAUGAGCGGACAGGUUACACAACAGCAGCCUGGACAACCAGGUAAAAUGCCCAGUAACAUCAAGACGAACAUCAAGUCUGCAUCUAUGCACCCCUACAAUCGAUGACCUUCCAGUAUCAGUGGUGCACAGUUGGUUUUUGUAAUGAUUAUUUGUAUGGCAUGGAUGUGAACAAAUGCAACAAGUGUUGUCCAUAAACUUGGUUUCAAUAAAACUUGUUUGUUACAAUAA